CUUUAUUUAUUAUUUGUGUAAUAUCAGUUAUAAGCUGCACUCAAGUUGGAAGCGCCUUCGAAAAGCUUAAGCAGAACAAAGAUAGAUUUGAUCUUCUUCUCACCAAUGCCAUGGUGUCGGGCGUGGAUAUAUUCAAGCUUCUCAGAGAUAUUAGUGGGGAGUUGGACAUCCCGGUCAUUAUAAUGUCAGAAGAAGAUAGGACAACAGCAGAUGUUGAAAACGACUUCUGCAAUUACCUAGUUAAACCCAUUAAAAAGGAAGUGUUGAGGGACAUAUGGCAGCAUGUGGUCCGAAAGAGGAAAUGUACGUUCAAAGAUUUGGUGCGAGUCCGAAAUCCCGAGAAUAGAAACCGUCAGCAGGAGAAUUAUGAUGAUACGCACUGCGGAGGGAACCUGAAGAGCCCAAAGAAUUUGAAGAGGGAGAACAACAGUGGUGAUAAUAAUAUACAUGAACAGAGGGAUGUCAUCCCGCCAAUGAAGAAGCAAAGGCUAAUUUGGCAUAAGCCACUCCAUGCACUGUUUGUCUCGGCAGUUCUGAAACUCGGUGUUGACGAGGCCGUUCCAAAGAAAAUUUUGGAGAUGAUGAAUGUUCCCGGUCUUACUAGGGAAAAUGUCGCUAGUCAUCUUCAGCAAUCCUGA